AUGGGGAAAAGCAAUGAUGCAAAUGCAUUGAAGAGAAGAAAGAACAGAAAAAGUCUAAGUUGCAAUAAAAUAAAGAUUUUCCCUCAGAGGUCUCUACUUUAUAGAAGCAUUAAUGUUUCUAUUUUGGCAGCCAAGAAGCGCUUGAAAAAGGCCAAAAGAAGCGACACUCAGGGCAUCUGCUUUAGGCAAGAAACUGCAAUCAAUCUAGGAAAAACUAUGAUUCCAGUGAUCAAUGGAAACGAGUUGAGCCAUGACUGGACAGAACAUAUCUAUCCGUCUAAGUUUUUGAUGAUGUGCUUGAAUACAAUUCAGAACUCACUUGAGAAUGUUGGAGCCCUUAAAAUUGAAGACGGACCUCUCUUUGCCACUGAAUGGGGGGUUGAGUUCUGGAAUUGUUAUUCCAGUAGAAAAGAUGUGUUGGAGAUGAGUGGUGCUGAUUCCACAAGGGAGCAAAUUGCUUGGAUGGCAUCGGCUGCUGCUGACACUAUUACGAGAAAGGAGAACGAAGGCUUAUCAUUUAACAGCCCUUUCCAUUUAUUCCUUGUGCCAUCUCUAGAUAAAGCUUUUGAGGUACGCCUAGUAUGGAAACCUUUGGAGGCUGUUGGAAUAUACACAUUGAGUCUGCAUUCAGGCACCUCCAUAGAGAAACAAAUUCACCGUUUAAAGAGUUGUGAACCGGAGUUUCUUGUCUCCACCCCCGAGAGACUUUUGGAUCUUCUCUCCUUAAAGGCUGUCGACAUAUCUGAGGUUUCCUUUCUGGUAAUUGAUGGACUGGAAGCUCCUUUCGAAGGCAGUUACUAUGAUGCAAUUAAAUCCAUAAGGCAAUUAAUAUCUGGGAAUCCUCAAACUGUGGUUUUCAGUGACUGCGCGAACAAUUCAUCCAUUACUAUGCUACAAAAGCUCUUGGGAGAACCAGAAUGA